AUGAAGAAGAUUUUUGGCUUCAGGAGUAAGAAGGGCCUGUCACCCUUCGGCCCCUCCAUCAGCCUGGGGAGAGACAGAGGUCAUCAUAAAACGAGCUUCCAGCCCUGGUACCACAUCCGAGACAAGGACCUCAGAAAGAUCCACAAAGCUGCCAGCGUAGGCAACGUAGCUAAAGUGCAGCAGGUCCUGUUGCUUGGAGAGAAUGGCUUGAACGAGAAGGACAAGAUGAACAGGACUGCGCUCCACUUGGCCUGUGCCAAUGGCCACUCAGCGGUGGUAGCUCUCCUCCUGGAGAGAAAAUGCCUGCUUAACCUCUGUGACAGUGAAAACAAGACCGCGCUGAUGAAGGCCGUAGAAUGCCAAGAGGAGGAGUGCGCGACUCUCCUGCUGGAGCACGGCGCCGACCCAAAUGUCAGGGACGCCUGUGGCAACACCGCGCUCCACUACGCUGUCUUUGGCCAGAAUAUGUCACUCGCGGCAAAGCUGCUUUCCUACGACGCCCAUAUAGAAGCCAGGAACAAGAAUGACCUGACACCACUAUUAUUGGCCAUAAGUGAAAGGCAACAGCAAAUGGUGGAAUUUUUAGUAGAGAAAGAAGCAAAUAUACACGCGGUUGAUAAGAUGAAAAGAACCGCCCUCAUACUUGCUGUCAAUUACGAGUCUAUGAGUGUAGUCAGUCUUCUCCUUCAGCGAGGUGCUGACGUCUUUUCUCGAGAUGUCUUUGGACGGACUGCAGAAGAAUAUGCUUCUCUUAGUGGAUUUAAUACCAUUUGCCAACUGAUCUCUGAAUAUAAAGAAAAGAGGCCUAAAACUCCUCCCGAAAAGAGCAACCCAGUGGAUACGAGUUCUGAAGAAGACUCUUUAAGCAGGUUUUCCAACAAACCUGGUGCUGACUUAUGGCCUCUGUCAGAUGAUGAAGUCUUAGAUUUUGAAACCAAGCAUGUCCCGAAAGCAAACUUAGCAAAGCUACUGAAGGCUUUUCAGCAAUCCAAGAGAAACGAAGCAGAAUGUGGCAUUGCGAGACGGGAGAGUACCACCUUCUCUGAGAACAAUAAUUCUGAUAGUGACAUUGAAGAUGUGCUUGAAACCUUUCCCAAACCAUCACCUGGAGUCCAGGGCUUCCCUCAUCCUGCCUUUCCAAGGCCUGAUCCUCUUCCAAAACCACUCGAGACUCCAGCCGGCCUUGGUCUGGCACAGGAAGGAGCCACAAAGCCAGAACUUGUUGAAAAAGAAAGUGAUACUUAUAUUAUUGAAAGGGCUCCCCAAGAACAAGCAAAUCAUGACCAUUUGACUUCUGUUGAUAGAGCACACAAAAAUAAUAAAAGUGACAUAAUGUCAGCCGUAGGAUUGGGAGAAGAGGAAAAUACAGAAUCACCUUGGGAUUCUGAGAGUAUCUCUGAGAGUGUUCCACAGAAGUUUGUGGAUCAUUUAUCUGGAGAUCAAAGAGGAAACAAUACAUUAAAUGGACAAACAGAAGGUGUGUCUUAUAUGCCUUCUUCCGUGAGUGGAUUGAGAAAAUUUAAGAUGGCUGAACUAGAGGAGCCCAGACAUGCAGGCAUACCAGCAGCCCAUGUGGAGUCUCCUGAGAAGUAUCCUAAUGUGAAGCCCACAGUCGGAGUGGAAGAUUCUGUUCCUAAUAAAACAGUAGGAACGAAGGAUCCACAAACAUCUAAUUCAGGAGAACUCGAUGUGGAAGUGAUAUUAGAGGAAGAACAAGAAAAACUUCAUGGAAAUGAAAAUAACCAUUCACAGGUGGAAGAAGAAAAGAAGCACAAAAGUAGUGAAGUGGAAGUAUCAGACGAUGUAUGCGAUGCUGCUGAUGAGAGUCGAUUGAUUCAGCAGAGAAAGAGUGGAGGAAAUAACAAGCGGGAGUUUCCUGCUAUGGAGAAUAAAGGUUCUGAUGGUAGUGAACCUGGUGUGCCCAGGAAGGAGAUAGAGAAAAAGAACAAUGACAAAUGGACACCAGAAGAAUGUGUGAUUGCACCAGUAUUUGAAAAGAUCCAUUCACUGACUGAUGGUCUGCUGCAGGUGAACGAUGACAGCAUUUUAAGGAAGGUGGAUCAAGAUGAUAGCAGGCCUGCAAGGAAAACAGCAUAUGAAAAGAAGAAGGUUUCUGAUAGUGGUAGAAAAGCCAAAGGUCUGUUACGCAAAUACCACAUGCUGCAGGAUGAAAUUGCCAGCCUAAGACUGGAAAUAGAUGCGGUAAAAAAUCAGAAUCGGGAAAAUGAGAAGAAAUAUUCUGAGGAUAUUGAAAAUCUUCAACAGGCAAUGAAAUCGAAAGAGGAAAUAUUCACGCAGGCUAUAUUCCAGUAUACUGGUCAGCUUACUGUUCUGAGAGCUGAGAAUACAAUGCUCAACUCUGAGCUGGAGAACAAUAGGCAAAGCAGACACAGACUGGAGACAGAAGUGGAAUCCUGCCGUUCUAGACUGGCUGCUGCCAUUCACGAUCAUGAGCAAGGUCAGACGUCACAGAGAGACCUGGAACUUGCCUUCCAGAAAGCACACGAUGAGCGGUUAUGCUUGCAGGACCAAAUGAAGUGCCAUGGGACUAAGCUGAAAAGGAACAGUGAGACGGCUUCCCAGCAACUUCCUAAAGUGGAAAGUCAAUUCAAUAAGCUAAAAAUGAAGCCGCAUCAGACGAGAGAUGAUCUCAGAGGAAAGACUUUGAUGUCAGAAUGUGUCCAGAGAGACCUACACCAAGCAGAGUGUCAAAAGCAGGAAAUUGAACACAUGGAUCAGAACGAACAAGGCAAAGUGAAUGAAUACCUUGGAAAGCAGGAAUCCUUAGAGGAGAGAUUAUCUCAACUCCAGAGUGAAAAUAUGUUGCUCCGACAGCACCUGGAUGAGGCACAAAACAAAGCUGACAGUAAAGAGACAAUCAUUAGCAUCCAAGACCAGUUUCAGCAGAUGGUGAAAAAUCUUCAUGCUGAAAGUGAGAAACAACAUCUGAUGCUGGAGGAAAGAAACAAGGAGUUAAUCAACAAAUUGAAUCAUUUAGAAGAGAGAAUGUGCCAGGAUGAAAAUGAGGAAGCAGAAGAAGCAGAUAUGAGACAACUUUGGCAAGAACUGGCUGAUGGGCUCAAAACGUGGUCUAUGUCGGAGGCUGCACUGGAAGGCAUGGCACGUAACUGUGCGAACUUAGAAGAUGAGAUACAGGAUUUAAAGAGCAAGUUCCGUCAACUCCCAAGUCAGUUGCAAGAAUCACAGGAUCAACAUAUAGAGGCCGUGAGAUGUGCUGAAAAACCACAGGAUCACAUCCAAAGACUUGAAAUUGAAAAUGCCAAGUUACAAACUACAGUCAAAAAGCAAGUGGACAACGUUGAACAACUUCAGAAAACCCUUUCAAGUACAAGAUUGACUGAUCAUCUUCCAGCAGAGCUGGGAGCUGGCUGUUCACAGUGUCUGCACCUGGAUGCAAUAUAUCAAGUUCUUCAACGGGAGUUGUUAUCAAUGAAAGGAUGGCAAAGGAAGUGUGAGAAACUAGAGAAAGAGAGCAGGAAGUUGGAGCAAGAAGUAGUGAAACUCCAAAGUUAUACAGAACUGAAGAUGAUAGAACACACUCAAGUUGAGCAGUAUAAAUGGGAGAUUGAAGAAAGAGCACGACAGGACUUCAUAGAGAAAUUGAAAGAAGUCAACCUAUUUUUUCAGACACGAGCAGAAUGUCAAGAAAUCUUAGAGCAGUUCCAAGAGGGGCAUAUUGCUUCCAUAAGAAGUCAGAUGGAACUCAGAAUUAAAGACUUGGAAUCUGAAAUAUCCAGGACGAAAACUUUUCAAGAUUAUAAGAGAGCAGAGAUGGAAAAGUAUAAGAAACUCUACUUAGAGGAACUCAAAGUUAGAAAGUCCUUGGAAAAUGAACUAGACAAGAAUAAUGAGAGGCUGGCAGAGAUGAGCACCAAACUUGAGGUGGAGAAACAGCGGAAGAGAUCUUUACUCAGCACUCUCAGCCGCAGGUCAGUCCUGGAGCCCUCUUCUGUUGGAAUUUUCAAUCCUACUUCAGGGUUCAAUGCAAAUCUUAUUUCAGGAGCAAACGUAGGGUUUUCUACCUCAAUUCCACGCUGUUCAAAUGACAGCGUGGAGAGUUUCUUGACCAAAGUUAGUUCUGUUCUAUUUUUUUCACUGGAUUUCAGAUUUCUGAUAUAA